CACGAGACAUACACUUUCGACUUGGAUGUCACCUGCUCCCAGACACUUCAGGCUCUGAAAUUUAUUUACAGUACUUGUCGUUGAUGGAGGAUAUAGCAAUAUUCAGGACAUACUCACUUGGAGGUGCAGUACUAGCUCAUUUGUAUAGGGAGCUAUCUGAAGCAACUAGACCAAAACGAGCAAACAUAGCAGGGUGCAUCCACUUAUUACAGAUAUGGGCUUGGGAGCAUCUACAUGUUGGAAGACCUCAGCUUCAUGUACCAUUUCCUGUUCAGCUUGAUGGUUUGAGUGUUGGAAUAAGGUGGAAUGAGGAACGACUUCGGGAGGUACCUGUAGGAAAUGUUAUGACAUACAGGGAUGAGCUGGAUGGCUUACUGGAGAGUCAGGUAAUAUGGGAACCAUACACUGCAGAGAUUCGUGCUCAGGUUCCAGAGAUAUGCACUUCAGGUCAGGACACUUGGCUCUCCAGAGUUCCUUUGAUCAGUUGGAAAAGGGUAUAGUGACAUCUCCCUGAUCGAGUACUACG